AUGAGAUCUCCAGUCAUGUCACCCAUCUACGAAAAUUCUCUUACCACUGACUAUCUAAAGGGGUUACCUCGAUUCAUCUCCAUUCUAUCACAACUUCGUAACCACUCAAGGGAGUUGAGCCUACUAACCGCUGAAUACGACAGUGGUGUCGAUUCAUCCUACUCACUAUCAGCAUCCAUGUCUCUAGAGGCUCGCCUAACACUGGAACUUCCUCAACCUCUUACUCCUGAUCUUCUUUCUCUAGGUUUGCCCCUCAUGAAAGCUCAGUCUAUCUCUGGUACAUAUAUAAAGGCCGCGACGCGUUUGAAGUCGAAGUUGGAAGCACAGUUUCAAUAUCGUGCAGAUCGCGGGCUCUUGGAGUCGAAAAAUUUGGGUGGAUUUCCUCCUCUACGUCUUCAGACUCAUAUUCCAAUGGUCUAUGCCUCGCAUUUCCGGAAAACAACAGCCUCAUGGGCCGAGGUUGGGAUGCUUUCAACGCAGCGAUGGCUACUGACAGCAAGUCUGAAGAAUCGACUCAGAUCUUGCUCCUUGGUCAAACCAGCUGAGGAAGCAUAUGUCACAACUCUUCCGCACACGGACAGAAGAACUACUGGAACGAACUUAUUUGAUAUCUCUGACAAAACUGAACUGUUAAUACCUCGUAUAUCUAUCGGUAAGAAGACGAAGCACAGUGCUGGCCUGGCAACUCGAUAUUCUACCGUUAGCUCUUGUGAUGGAACGCUUGACCAAACGAUCUCAGAACCGACUCGUAUUGCACCAGUCAUCAAACCAGAUUCAGAUGCAGGACUCACAUCGAACCGAGGCGUUGCGAUCAAAGGUCCUAAGCCCCAACGCUCUGCCGGUCAAAAUCCUUCCCCUACGUCUUGGGAUUUAACAUCCUUCAUCGACGAUUUUCACGGCCUCAGCUUACGCGAUCGAUCAAAAUCCGUCGGCUUGAAGGACGAGGGUGACACGUGCAAGGCUACCCCUUCGGAGCAUAUCUUCACUCUGUCCAAACAUUCAUCAUCACCCAUCAUUCGUCCCCCCACCCCAGCCGGGGUCCGGUCGGGGGCCAGCUCUUCCCGUCCUAAGAGCCACUUACAAAGUUCACACGAUAUUCACAGCAGCCAUUCGGCAUCGUCGCAGAGUGCCAGGCGGCGGAAAUUUGCUCCUUGUCCCAAUCGCGAUCGAUCAAUGCAGUCUAUCUACAAAGGGUCCAAUGUCUUGUUCUCUCGCCAGACGGAUGAUACGACUUUGACCUCUUCAGCAGCAAAUGCUAAAGAGCUAUCGGACCCAACUAGUCAUUGUUUCUCUCCCUCGGCGUCUUCCCACACUCGCAGAAGAAAGAUAGCUCCCCUUCCUCCGAGACAUCCUUCGACGACGACAACAGAUAUAGCAGUGAUAAUUUCUUCAGAUCUUUGUAGAUCCUCUCAAAGACCGCCUCACAAGCCCCUUGGUAGUCGUCGAUCUACCACCGGGACGUCUGGCCGUUUGACUGGGCCUCUAUCGCGAUCCCCCUCCCUUACGUCGCUCUCAUCCGACGAAUCGGGUCUAUCAUGUUCUGAUGAACUUGAGACUCCCCCUUCGUCACCAACGCUUCCUUCCAUGAACUUACCAACUACCUCCCCUGCAGUCUCGCUAUCAUCCGGUGAAUAUAGAUUUCUAUCAGCAACAUGCUUUCGUAAUCUGUUUCCUGCGCCACAACUGCUGGCAGUGAAGGCAGAGAACCCUCGACCUCGUACUUUCACCUUCUCCGCAAGAGACGAAGAUUCUCCUCGCUUCCCCUUUAGUCGGUGA